AUGAAUUCUGAGAACUGGAUGGGUAGUUUGGGCAACCCAAAGUUUCACGAUAAAGAAAGUUAAUUCAAUGAUAGGAUAGAUCGUUUUCUUUGUCCAGCUAGGAAUGACAAAUAAGACUAAUCUCUUGACUUCUGUGAAGGCGAUUCUAGUGAAUUUGAUUUGGAAUUCAAAAAUUUAUACUCGAUUAAAAUACUUGUUAAUUACAAGAAAACUUUGAUACAUUUAUUACUCAAGAAGCUACUUCUGCUUUUAACAAUCAUUCCAAUCAAGCAUAAUGGGAUCAUGUCUAGCCUUAAGUUGAUAUAUAAGAAUUAGAAAAAGAGUAAAUACAGUAAUUUCAAUCAUCCAAUAUUGAAAUAAAUUAAAGCUAACAAAUUAAAGGCUUUUCUCAGCAAAAGAAAAAGAGAGAAAAAGGAAGACCACCAAAAGAUGAAGUAAAACUAUUCUCUAAUUCAAAAGAGAAAGGAAUGA